AUUGCACAGAAAGGACUCAUCCAUAGGGAUUUAGCAGCUCGUAAUGUCUUAGUUGGAGAAGGAGAAAUAUGUAAAGUAUCAGACUUUGGCUUGAUAAGAGAAUUGCCAGCAAACAUGUCCUCCUAUCAUAGCUCUACUCCAGUGCCUCUUCCAAUUAGAUGGAUGUCUCCAGAAGCAUUGUCAAAUAAAUGUUUCUCAGAAGCAUCUGAUGUAUGGUCAUACGGUGUACUGCAGUGGGAAAUGUUUAAUCCUAAUGAACUCCCCUAUGAUUCCCUCGACAAUUUUCAAGUUGUGCUAAAAAUAAAGGAAGGAUACCAACUUACAAUACCUAAUGAAUGUCCACAAACAGUAGCUAACAUUAUGAAAGCAUGCUGGCAAACCGAACCACAAUUAAGACCAAAUUUUCACCAGAUUACGACUAUUCUUACAACAAAGAUUUAACUAAAACUUCUUACUCUCUGCUACUUUGAUAAAAUAUAAUUAGCAUUUUAGAUCACUUGUAUUAUAGUUGUAUAUAUUGUAUAGAUUUUUCAGUAUUUAGCUUUAAUGUGUAAAGUGUUUUUCAAAAAUAUUUUUUAGCCGUGCCAGGAGAGAUG